AUGUCGCGCAAUAUCUGUAUUACGUCUGCCGAAGGAAACACCGCCUUCAGUAUCGCUAAACUUUUGCUUACCACGGAGCCUUUCAAAAAGGAAAUCGGCCAGAUAACAGGCCUGGCGCUCAAUCCAAACACAGAGUAUUGUCAACAGCUCCAAACUCUCGGAGCCAAGAUUACCCAGCACAAACCAGGUCGCGUGCGCGACACGGUGAAAAUACUCGAAAAUACCAAGUCGGACACACUGAUGCUCAUCCCACCGGCUCAUGCGAACAAAAUAGACAUCACAAUGGAGUUAAUCGAGGCUGCCAAGAGGGCAAAUAUUCAAAAUGUUUGUUUCAUGAGCGCGGCUGGGUGUGAUUUGGCCGACCGGGAUGCUCAGCCCAGGUUGAGAGAGUUUAUUGAUUUGGAGGCAUUGUUUAUGAAGCUGAAAGGGGAUGAGGGUACCAAGAUGGGACCUUCGUCUGUGAUUAUCCGACCCGGCUUCUAUGCUGAAAAUCUACUGCUUUACGCACCCCAAGCUCAAGAAGAAGGUCUUAUCCCGAUUCCAAUAGGGCAAAACACCAAGUUUCCACCUGUUGCUCUUGGAGAUGUCGCUCGACUAGCAGCUCAUAUUCUUACCGGAAAAGGAAAAUACGGCUUCAGUAACGAGCACCGUGGACAGCUCCUGACAAUGACCGGACCUAUGCUUCUGAAUGGUGACGAACUUGCACAAAUUGCUUCGCGAGUUCUGGGUGUGGAGAUGAAAUUUGACGACGUUUUAGAGAGGGAAGCUCGUCGUCUGCUUCGCUUUCGGAUCGAUAAUGACCUGUCUGAGAUGGAGUACCUGCUUGAAUAUUACUCGCUCGUGCGAGAGGGUAAAACUAAUUACAUUUCUACAAUCGGUUUUCAUGACGUGACAGGAACUCAUCCCACUGAACCGCCUGAUUUUUUCAAAACGUACAAGGACGAGUUCAUGCCCAAAAAGGCUAUUCAGAAGCUGGGGGCUGAUGGGGUAUAA